CAAUAUCACUUAAAAACUUUAUUUGAGCAGAAAAACAAACUGCUGCUGCAAUUAUUUAUCAUCCUCUUCUCCACGUCUCCUUCUGCAGAACCAACAAAUAUAAAAGACUGAAAAUUCAAUAAUGAAUGGCUGAAAAACAAAGAUAUUGUCCUCAUCCGUGUCCAUAAUUAUUCCUCGACGUUUUUCGUGUUCUUUGGAAGCCCAGAAACAGGAGAGAGCAGAAAAUGGGAAUUCUUGAAUUUGACUUGAAGACUCUGAGCAACAUGUCUUCAGCCUCUUGGAUUACAACACUUUCUUGUUCCGGAUCGAUCGAGGACGCCUCAAUUUCAUCCGUUCUUCAAUGGCUAAGAUUCAUUUUCCUUUCUCCUUGUUCUCAAAGGCUACUUUUAACUUCAUUGGAUGUUUUGUUCUUGCUUAUUUUGCUUGUAUUUGCAAUUCAAAAGCUGUAUUCGAGAUUCACUUCGAAUGCACAUUCUAGUUCUGAAAUCAAUAAGCCUCUCAUUGCCAACAAUGGAGGUUUAGUUACGAGUAAUUUCUGGUUUAAGUUGUGUCUCAUUGUAACAGUUCUUUUAGCAGUUUCUUCUAUUGUUUUAUGCGUUCUGGCCUUCAUUAGAAGUGCUGAAUUGCAAUGGAAGAUCGUAAAUGGACUGUUUUGGUUGUUUCAAGCAAUAUCUCAUGUAGCGAUCACUGUAUUAGUCGCCCAUGAGAAGAGAUUCAAAGCAGUUACCCAUCCGUGGACUCUUCGAAUAUACUGGAUUGUAGAGUUUGUCAUUUUAGCCUUGUUCUUCGCAUCAGGGCUCGUACGCUUGAUUUCUUUUCAAGAAACUGCUUCAGGCCUGCGAUUGGACGACAUUGUUUUGAUAAUCAUGUUUCCUCUGUCGAUUGUUCUUCUCGUGAUUGGAAUUAAAGGAUCCACAGGCAUUUCAGUACUAAGGGAUGACACUAAACCAGUAGUAGAUUCAAAUACCGAAUUGUACGAACCUCUUCUUGACAAAUCUAAUGUAAGUGAAUACUCUUCAGCACCUGUCAUAUCUAAGCUCUUUUGGAUCUGGAUGAAUCCCCUUCUGAAAAAAGGCUACAAAUCUCCUCUCAAAAUUGAAGAUGUACCUACCCUUUCACCAGAACACAGAGCCGAACGAAUGUCACUGCUUUUUGAAAAAAAUUGGCCUAAACCUGAAGAGAACUCAAAGCAUCCAGUCGUGAAAACAUUGGUUCGAUGCUUCUGGAAGCAAAUUGCAUUCACUGCUUCACUCGCGAUCUUGAGGCUCUGUGUCAUGUAUGUUGGGCCUACUCUCAUCCAGCGAUUUGUUGAUGUCACAGCAGGAAAUGGGAGUUCGCCUUAUGAAGGAUACUACCUUGUACUGAUUCUCUUACUAUCCAAAUUCGUUGAAGUUUUGAGCUCACACCACUUCAACUUUCAUUCUCAAAAACUUGGGAUGCUGAUUCGAUCAACACUCAUUACUUCCUUGUACAAGAAGGGUUUGAGGCUAACAUGCUCUGCAAGACAGGCUCAUGGAGUCGGACAAAUUGUGAACUAUAUGGCAGUGGAUGCUCAGCAGCUUUCCGAUAUGAUGCUGCAGCUACAUUUCUUAUGGCUGAUGCCAUUGCAAAUCACAGUGGCUCUUGUUAUUCUAUACCAGUACAUUGGUGUUUCAACAUUUGUUGCCCUAUUCGGACUUGCCUUAGUAGUCUUGUUUGUUCUGUUUGGUACUCGAAGAAACAACGGGUUCCAGUUUAAUAUUAUGAAGAACCGUGAUUUGAGAAUGAAAGCCACAAAUGAGAUGCUUAGCUACAUGCGGGUAAUUAAAUUCCAGGCAUGGGAAGAACACUUCAACAAAAGAAUUCAAUCGUUCCGUGAAUCAGAAUAUGGAUGGCUAUGCAAGUUUAUGUAUUCUAUGUCUGCCAAUAUCAUUGUAUUGUGGAGCACUCCAUUGUUUAUUGCUACAUUGACAUUUGGAAGUUCAAUUUUGCUGGGGAUUCCACUUUCAGUGGGGACUGUUUUCACCACAACCUCACUCUUAAAGAUGUUGCAGGAACCUAUAAGGACGUUCCCACAAUCCAUGAUCUCACUUUCACAAGCUAUAAUCUCUCUUCAAAGGCUGGAUAGAUAUAUGACUAGUCAGGAGUUGGUGGAUAAAUCAGUCGAAAGAGUCGAGGGUUGCGAGGGUGAUAUAGCUGUGGCUGUGGAAGACGGAUCUUUUAGCUGGGAUGAUGAGAAUGGGGAAGAAGUCGUAAAGAAUUUAAAUUUUGAGAUCAAAAAAGGGGAACUUGCAGCAAUAGUUGGGACAGUAGGAUCAGGGAAGUCCUCUGUUCUGGCUUCAAUUCUCGGUGAGAUGAAUAAAUUAUCUGGGAAGCUUAGAGUAUGUGGUAGCACUGCUUAUGUUGCCCAAACAUCAUGGAUCCAGAACGGGACAAUACAAGAAAAUAUCCUCUUUGGCUUGCCAAUGAGCAGGGAAAGAUACAUGGAAGUUAUCAGGGUUUGUUGCUUAGAGAAGGACUUGGAAAUGAUGGAAUUUGGGGAUCAGACUGAAAUUGGAGAGCGUGGUAUCAAUCUAAGUGGUGGACAAAAGCAGAGGAUUCAACUGGCCAGAGCAGUUUAUCAGGAUUGUGAUAUUUAUCUACUUGACGAUGUAUUUAGUGCAGUUGAUGCUCACACUGGUUCAGACAUAUUUAAGGAAUGUGUGAGAGGCAUCGUUAAAGAUAAGACCAUUAUACUCGUUACACAUCAAGUGGACUUCCUGCAUAAUGUUGAUCAGAUAUUAGUUAUGAGAGAUGGGAUGAUUGUGCAAUCAGGAAAAUACAAUGAUCUAUUAGAAUCUGGCUUGGAUUUCAAAGCUUUAGUAACUGCCCACGAAACAUCUAUGGAGCUUGUAGACGUCGAAAACGCUACAGAGAAUAGUUCCCCCACUAUAUCUACUCAAAAAUCUUUUAAACUAAGGGAAGAAAAUGGUGAAAGUAAAUCUGAAGACCAAAGUGACCCUAAUCAAGGGAGUUCUAAGCUUAUCAAGGAAGAGGAGAGGGAAACCGGGAGAGUUAGCUUAAGUGUUUACAAAUUAUAUUGCACCGAGUCCUUCGGAUGGUUGGGUGUAGUGGCAGUGUUGUUCUUUUCCCUGGCAUGGCAAGGAACUUUAAUGGCAAGUGAUUACUGGUUGGCAUAUGAAACUUCGUCAAAACGUGCUGCAUCAUUCAACCCUUCUUUUUUCAUCGAGAUAUAUGCUAUCAUUGCAGCAGUUUCCUGUGUACUGAUUCUUCUACGAAUCAUCUUAGCUACAGUUAUGGGACUUAAGACAUCACAAAUUUUCUUCGGACAAAUGCUUCACAGCAUCCUUCACGCGCCUAUGUCAUUCUUUGAUACUACACCUUCUGGAAGGAUUCUUAGUCGGGCAUCAACCGAUCAAACUAACGUUGAUAUUUUCAUUCCAUUCUUUAUGAGUGUGACUAUUGCCAUGUACGUCACACUUAUUAGCAUAAUCAUUAUCACGUGUCAAUACACUUGGCCUACUGUGAUCUUUUUGAUUCCACUUGGCUGGCUGAAUAUCUGGUGCCGGGGAUACUAUCUUUCCACAUCUCGAGAAUUGACACGGCUGGAUUCUAUCACAAAAGCACCCGUGAUUCACCAUUUCUCUGAAUCCAUUACUGGUGUCAUGACUAUUCGUUGUUUCAGAAAGCAGGAAAGGUUUUCUCAGGAGAAUAUCAACCGUGUAAAUGCAAAUGUGCGUAUGGACUUCCACAAUAACGGGGCCAAUGAGUGGUUGGGCUUUCGCUUGGAACUGAUUGGAAGUUUCGUCCUCUGCAUAUCUGCGUUGUUUAUGAUCAUUCUACCUAGCAAUAUCAUCAAGCCAGAGAAUGUCGGCUUAUCUCUCUCUUAUGGGUUGUCCCUCAACUCUGUGCUAUAUUUUGCGAUAUAUAUCAGUUGCUUUCUGGAAAAUAAGAUGGUUUCAGUCGAGAGGAUAAAACAGUUCACUGUAAUACCCUCUGAAGCGGAAUGGAAUAAAAAAGAAUUCCUCCCUCCGUUGAAUUGGCCUACCCAUGGCAAUGUUGAGCUCAAAGACCUGCAGGUUAGGUACCGUCCAGAUACACCUUUAGUUCUUAAAGGACUUACUUUCAGCAUAAGGGGAGGUGAAAAAAUCGGUGUUGUUGGUCGUACUGGGGGUGGAAAAUCCACUCUAAUCCAGGUUUUGUUUAGAUUGGUGGAGCCAUCAGCGGGAAAAAUAAUUAUCGACAGCAUUGACAUUUCAGCACUUGGACUUCAUGAUCUGAGGUCGCGCUUUGGGAUCAUCCCUCAAGAACCUGUUCUUUUUGAAGGAACCGUGAGAAGCAAUAUUGACCCAAUUGGGCAGUAUUCAGAUGAAGAAAUAUGGAAGAGUCUAGAGCGUUGCCAACUUAAGGACGUUGUGUCUGCAAAACCUGGAAAACUUGAUUCUGCAGUUGUUGAUAAUGGUGACAACUGGAGUGUCGGGCAGAGACAACUUCUAUGCCUGGGACGGGUGAUGCUGAAACGAAGCCGACUUUUGUUUAUGGAUGAGGCAACUGCUUCAGUCGAUUCACAGACAGAUGGAAUGAUUCAGAAAAUCAUCCGGGAGGACUUCACAGCAUGCACAAUUAUAAGCAUUGCUCACAGAAUACCAACUGUCAUGGACUGCGAUAGAGUUUUGGUCAUAGAUGCAGGAAGGGCAAAAGAAUUCGACAAGCCAUCUCGUUUGCUUGAAAGGCAUUCACUCUUUGGGGCAUUGGUUCAGGAGUAUGCUAAUCGAUCAUCAGAACUUUGAAUGCUCGAUUCUUGUCAAGAAUUACAAGAAAAGUCAAGUUCAAAUGAGGCAAGGCUUUAGCUACAUAUCAAGAGACGGUCGAGGAAGGGCAUUAUACGGGAAGAUAUGCAUCUGAAAGUUGAAAAACAAGUAUAUGUCCCGAGAUUUUGAAAAUAGUUGUUAAUGACAUUAUGCAGUGCAUGUUGUUGAUCGCGUGUUAGUUACAUAUUAUUCUUCGAAUUGAAGCCAAUAUUUUUUAUGACAA